UAGAGAUCCGGUAGCCUAUUUAAAAUAUUUGAAAGGAUGGGUUGGCUACAGUAUUGCUCUGCGAUAGUAGCCUAUUUAAAUUCAGAGCCUCUACCAAGAUCUGGGAGUGUGCAGCACCACUGGAUUGAAAUCUAUCACUUUGUGGAACAUCUGGCUCAUAAGUUCAUAAGUCCACAGCUGCGCAUGUCCUUCAUUGUGUUCUCCACUGAGGGAAGGAUUUUGAUGCGGCUCACAGAAGACAGGGAGCAGAUUCGCAAAGGUCUGGAGGAGCUCCAGAAGGUACUUCCAGGUGGAGACACCUUUAUGCACGAGGGCAUCCAGAGGGCCAGUGAGCAGAUAUAUUAUGGAAACUCAGAAGGAUACCGUACUGCCAGUGUCAUCAUAGCUCUCACAGAUGGAGAGUUGCAUGAGGACCUCUUCUACUAUGCUGAGAGAGAGGCCAACCGCUCGCGGAGUCUGGGUGCCUCCGUAUACUGUGUGGGGGUGAAGGACUUUAAUGAGACACAGCUGGCAAAGAUUGCUGAUAGCAAGGACCAUGUAUUCCCAGUGAACGAUGGCUUUGAAGCACUGCAGGGGGUCAUUGAUUCGAUAUUAAAGAAGUCCUGUAUUGAGAUCCUGGCGGCUGAGCCCUCCAGUAUCUGUGCAGGAGAAACGUUCCAGGUGGUGGUGAGAGGAAACGGCUUCCUCCAUGCUCGGAAUGUCCAUAAGGUCCUGUGCAGUUUCCGAAUCAACGACACACUCACCAAGAGUGUGAAGCCAUUAAUAGUGGAAGAUACAUAUCUCCUCUGUCCUGCACCCAUUCUCCAGGAAGAGGGAAUGGCAGCCAACCUCUAUGUCAGCAUGAAUGAAGGUCUCAGUUUUAUCUCCAGUUCAGUCACCAUUACAACAGUGGGCUGUUCUGAUGGAACCAUCCUGGCCAUCGCCCUGCUCAUCCUCAUGCUGCUUUUAAUCCUCAUGAUUCUCUGGUGGUUCUGGCCUCUUUGCUGCACUGUGAUUAUCCAUGAGCCCCCACCAGCGGUAGUGGAAGACAGUUCGGAUGAGGAAGAAGAUGGGAUGCCUAAGAAGAAGUGGCCCACGGUCGAUGCCUCCUACUAUGGGGGCAGAGGUGUGGGUGGAAUCAAAAGGAUGGAGGUGCGUUGGGGUGAGAAAGGCUCUACUGAGGAGGGAGCCAAACUGGAGAAGGCAAAGAAUGCCAGGGUGAAAAUGCCUGAGCAGGAGUUCAUACAGUCCCCCACCCGCAUUCUCAAUAAUGGCAUGCGCAAGCCUCCAGGCCCUCACAAGUGGUACUCACCAAUCAAGGGCAAAUUGGACGCUCUGUGGGUGUUGCUGUCGAAAGGCUAUGACCGCGUGUCUGUGUUGAGGCCACACCCAGGAGACAAGAUCCGAUUUUACUGGGAUUACUACGCAUGUGGACAGACAGCUGGAUCACGCGAACAUUUUCCGGGAACUCAGCCAGCUCAGGGAGUGUGCCAAGCAUGUGGACAGCUAAACAAACCAACCGCCACUUCCCCCUCGCCAGCUGGGCUCAUAACGUCAGAGUAUGAAUAUAAAAUGUUCAUAUCUUCGGCUGUGAGUGAUGGGGGGGGGGGGGGGGGGGGCGGCAUCAGCGACAAUCAUUUUAAUAAUUCAAUGCAUGUGAUGACUAAAGUCUCUUGUUAGGAAUUUUCUAAUUUGGCUUCUUUAUGGGGCCGUCUAUGGGAAUUGUCUUGCUGGGCCGUAGGUUAGUUAACUAUCCUCUGGUAAUUCGAAAGCGUGCUUCCAGACCGGAAUCCUGGGCCUUGAUGCGAUGCAGCCCAUGCAAAAACAGGAAGUCUCUAGUGUAAACACACAGGGUUUUAUUUAAUAAAAGGUGUUGAUGUCAACGGACAUCGACCUCAGAUGUUUUUAACAGAAGGUAAAUUAAAUAUAACCCCUCUUGACAACUCCUCCUCCCAGACUGACUGACCUCUAAUGUUCAGAGCCUGUCCUUGGAGAGUUACAGGCUUGUGAUAAGAGCUGUGGUCCGGUGUGACUGGGCUGGGGGCUGGGAGGGAGAACAGAGAGGAAUAUAGAUUCUGUAGACUCUACUUCCUCCUUCACUUAAACCUAAAUUAAUGUUUAGCUAUUCAGGGUGGAUGGAACUGAAGUGCAUUGUCAGCAAAGUUCUUCAAUCAUGUCAUCCGGCACAAACAAUGGGCACAAACAAUGAUUUCUGCAAAGAUAUUUGCAUUUUCCAAAGAUUUUGGCAAUAUUGUGCAAUGUGGCUGAUUUAUAAGUUUUCUUCCGUGUAUAUAACGCCAUGUGGGUUAUUGUGUGACUUGUUGAUGAGUGUGAGGAUAUUACAGUACACUCUUAGAAAAAAAGGUGCUAUCUAGAACCAAAAAGAACCCCUUUUUUGUUCCAUGUAGAACCCUUUUGGGUUCCCUUUCCACAGAGGUUUCUACAUGGAACAAAAAAGAGUUAUCCUAUGGGGACAGCCACAGAACCCUUUUGGAACCCUUUUUUCUAAGAGUGUAAGGUACCCAGCAGGGUGAGGGUAAGCACUGGGGCAAUGCAGGGAGCACAUGAAAGGUUUUGGACACUGACUGCAAACAAAGACUAAUGCAGUCUUCUUAGGUAGAACUGUUUACUGCAGCUCCAUUGGCCUGCACUCUCCACCGUAAGAUGGUGACGAGAGACAGUGGAAAUGACACAGAGACAUCAGAAAAUGUGGAACAUUGUCAUGACUCAUGACAUUGCCUUCAGCAAAGUAUAGCACACAAGAGAAAAAAGCUACAAAAUAAAAAUGACACUAUAUUGCCUAUCACACUAUAGAUGACUGCUGGCUUUAAUCACCACUAAGCCUUUCAUAAUUAACAGUAGGAGUUCAACCUUCAGAAAGCUGUUACUUAGUACACAGGAAGCUAGGCUGAGAGCUCUAGUUUUCUUGUUUACUCAGUGAACAAGGCUGCUCUGGUUGCAAUUAAGAUCUCAAGUCAAGGCAUUUGUUUUUAGUUCCCCUCAAAUCAAUGCAUCUGCGAGGGACAGAAUCUGGUCAGGACACAAGCAAUACUGCCUCUGGACAUUACCUACUCAGUCCCAUGCCCUUUAUCCAAUUUUCCAGUCGGGAGAGAGCUGAGCCCAAUUAGAGACAAGGAAAACAUUGAUGUGGUGACAUUAGGGUUGCAAAGCUACUGGUCAUUUAUCAAACUUACCAGAAUCUUCAGUAAUUUUGCCAUUGAUUUCUUGUUAAUUACCAAUCUUUAAAAAAAAAAUGUAUCCAUAUAUAGUAUUCAUUUUUAUAUCGGUGUCAAUGUUGUUCAUGAGUUUCUAGCAGAUGGACCAUAUAUUCAAGAGAAAAUUGCCAAAUUAAUUAAAUAAUCAAUGGCAAUAUUUUCAAUGAACUCUUUCAACUAUUGACUUUUUCGACAAAUGCCACCAGUGUGACGCAUAUUGACAUGGUGCAUGUGCAUUUCUAAAGUAUAUUUCAUGCUUAAACCCUCAUAUCAAACACCAAUGGUAUCCACUAAGUUGCUGGUUUAUAUUUAGGAUCAUGUUUUACGUCUUUGUCAUGCCUAUUAUUUUAAAAUCAUCUUAUUUAAUCUUCCAUGUGAUAAGGCCGCACAGACGGCCAGAGAUAAUUAUAGACACCUGUGAUAAUCUGCUGUACUCAAGGGCCACUAAAAGUGUGUGCAAGAUGGCAAUCGGCAAAUUUAGCAUGGUGGCAGCACUUUUCAUUUGUUUGUUUUAAACAUCACUGGAAAUAAUUGCAUCUGCAUCUAGAUGAAAGAAUGGUAAAUUCUCAGCAACUUCUCAGUCCUGCUAACACUUUUGAUGGCAUCCAGCACUUCGGAUAUGGAAGGAAUGUUAUAUACCAAACUUUCAAUAGACCAUGGCACAAACCAAAACGAUCAUCCAAGGCCAGUAAGAAAUCACAAAUUAAUUGUGGAGAUCUUAUAAUAACUCUAUGCCUUCUCCUAUUGAGUGAUAUCCAUCAAUGCCCUCCACCUCAGUUUAUCACAAACACCAUUAAACGGCCUAUGCACCUCCUGCAAACGUUGGGUUAAGACUAACUGCAAAGCUUUGGUAUGUUUGGAAUGCGUGCAGUUGAUUAAUCUAAAAUGCAGCCGUCCUAGUUUUGGGCAUGGGGUCAAUGAAACUUACCUUCGCUGUCGGUGUGCUGUACCGCGGGGGUGUGUGAGCAUUGAAGGUGGAGUGGGACCAGAGGACUCACCUAGGAUGGAGAGCGCACCAGAGGAGGGGGGCUCCACAGCAGCGCACAGGCCACCAGAGGCGGGGGACGUGGUGGUGAGGACGACAGAGCAGCGGUAGGUGAGCUGGCAAUGCGUGCACCUGGGGAGGGGUGCUCCAUAGCAGCAGAGGCAGUGCAGCGGGAGGCGGUUACAAGUGGAUCGGGAAUUCAGCGAGGUUUACAUUUAAACGUCAGAAGCCUACUACCGAAAAUUGAUGAGAUAUGCCUGUUGGUUCGCAAAUCAGAGGUGGGUGACUUAUGUUUUACAGAGACGGUGGGAUUCAUCUGUUCGUGACUCAGAAAUUGAGAUGGGCAAUUACUCUGUCAGGAAGGAUCAGAAUCAGAACGGUGGGGGUUUAUUUGCCUUUGUAAGCUCGAAUAUUGCUUAUAAAGUCAGUUUGGAUUUAAUCGAUGAUGUGGACAUUGUCUGGCUGGAUGUCUGAUUUCCCAAUAACAAGACGAUUUUUGUUGGGUGUGUUACGGCCUGCCAAUCAGAAUGCAUUCUAUUAAGGUCUCUAAAUUGUCAAACUGUAGUGAUUCCCUGGUGAAGGAAAUCAUUUUGUUAGGGGAUUUCAAUACUGAUGUCUGCAAAAUAGAUAGCCCAACCUGGAUAGCCCAACCUGGAUAGCCCAACCUGGAUGACUAUAUUUAUGCACUUCUGUAUAUCAUUUGCUCUGACCCAAAUGAUAAAAGAUCCCACCAGGGUAUGUGAAACAGUGCAAAGUAUGAUUGACUUAAUAUUGAUGUCUGAUAAAUCCAACAUUUUUCAGAGUAAUAGUAAUAUAUAUUUUUAUUACAAUUUGCCCAAGGAGAGUUUUUAAAUAUAUAUUUAGGUGUCACUAAACUGUUAGACAACAGUGUUGAAAUGUUUAGGGAGCAAGUGGGUAAACUUGACUGGUCACCUGUGUGGGAUAGUGUAGGGGUAGACAGUGCCCGGGAAGCGAAAUGUAGAUUCCUUGAUGUGGUGAAUGUGAUGGCUCCCCUAAGACGGGUCAGGGUAAAGCAGAGCGAGCCCUUGGUUUAAUCAUGACAUUCUAGACUCAAGAGCAGCCUGAUUUUUCUCCUAUAUAAAAGUCAUAAAUGAAGCACAGAGAAGGAUGGAUGAAGCUAAGUGGGGUUACUUUGCUGAUUUUUAAAAUCAUUGAGAGCAAAAAUUACCCUAAAAAGCUUUGGAAAUCAUUUUAAGGAACUAUGGUGUAGUAGUUAUACCAAAAACAAACUAAACAGUAUUGAACUGAACAUCAGGGGGAAAUGUUUAUUUUAUUUAUUUGAACUUCUGUUGCCAGUAAGCUGGUAAGCAAGCUGCCCACCAGUUCUGGUUUGUAUGGAAACAAUCAAGUCAAUAAGUAUUAUGCAGAGCCAAACGUUCUCUUUUGUAAAGGUAGCAACAGCUAAAAUAGCCAGUACACUAGCGAAGCUUAAAUGCUCAAAAACCACAGGCCUGGAUAAUAUUCCUGUGAGGUUUCUUAGAGAUUCUGCUGAGAUUAUUACCUAUAUUGUUAAUCUUUCUGUUGAACAAGGCAUCUUUCCCAGGGACGAAACAAGCUAAAGUUAUACCUCUGUAUAAGGUCUGACCCUGGGAAUUAUAGGCCUGUAUCUAUCCUCGGUAUACCAGCAAAAAUCCUGGAGAGACUUGUACAUAAGCAAAUUUAUGAAUAUGUCAACCAAGUCUAAUGUAUGAUUUUCAGUCAGGGUUCAGAGAAACAUACUCUACUUAUUCACAUUUACUUGACUGACUUCAUCAGGAAAGAGAUUGAUGAGGGAAAUCUGUGUGGAAUGGUACUGCUUGACCAACAGAAGGCCUUUGAUACAGUUAACCACUGUCUCCUAAUCUCCAAACUAGAGGCACUAGGGUUAAGCAGUAUCCCUAUAGGCUAGGUAAAGUCCUAUUUGUCAGGUAGGGAGCAAGUGGAAGAGGUUAAUGGUUCACUGUCUCUGACAAAACCAAUGAGUUUUGGCAUUCCGCAAGGGAGCGUGCUUGGGCCUCUACUGUUAUAAACGAUAUGAACUUUGCUUGUUCUUGCCGUCUUUUCCUUUAUGCGGAUGACUAUACAUUUAUGUUGUCUCAUAAAAGUAAAAAUAUGUUGGAGAGCAUACUUAGCACAGAGCUUACUAACAUUAGCAAAUGGCUUAGAGAUGAUACGCUGCACUUAAGUAAAACUGACGGAAUUAUUUUUGGGUCCAGACCUAAAUUGUGUAGGUCCUCUGAAAUCAGAGUGGAGUUAGGGGGUGAGGUGCUGACUACUAAAAUCUCUGUUAGCUACCUGGGAUGCAUCCUUGAUGUAAGCCUGGGUGGUGUGAAAAUGGCCACUAAAGUGCUAGGGAAGGUUAAGGCGGCCAGGACUGCGUUUUUGGCUAAAAAGUCCUAGUGGCUUGACAAGGACUCCAUGAAUGUUAGCCACUGCCCUCAUUCAAUGCCAUUUUGACUACGCUAGUACUUCCUGGUUUGGGGGCUUAUCUAAGCUUCUGAAGGGGAAGCUUCAGAUUGCCCAGAACAAGCUGAUCAGGGUAGUACUGAAAGUGAGUCCAUGGACUGGGUUUGGUUUACAGGAGUAUUUAUGGUUCUGCGCCCAGAUGUCUAACUGCCAAAGUUACGUCAUUUCCGGUCACAACUUGCAGACUUGUUUUCGAGUUGCUGUGCGUUUUGUUGCCAAC